AUGAUAUCCAGCAUCUUUCCAUGUUGGUACAGAGGAUAUACCCUCCAAAAUAAAUCUAAAAAGGGUAUUUUCCCUGAAACAUAUAUCCAUUUGAAAGAAGCAACUGUGGAAGACCGAGGGCAGAAUGAGACUGUGAUUCCAGGUGAGCUUCCCCUGGUGCAGGAGCUCACUUCCACUCUGCGAGAAUGGGCUGUCAUCUGGCGCAAGCUGUAUGUGACCAACAAGGCCACACUUUUCCGCCAACUGCAGCAGAUGACUUAUAGCCUGAUUGAAUGGCGGUCCCAGAUCUUGUCGGGAACACUCCCCAAGGAUGAACUGGCAGAGCUCAAGAAGAAGGUGACAGCCAAAAUUGAUCAUGGGAACAGAAUGCUUGACUUAGAUCUGGUGGUGCGAGAUGACAAUGGGAACAUCUUGGACCCAGAUGAAACCAGCACUGUUGCCCUCUUCAAGGCCCAUGAAAUGGCCUCAAGAAGGAUUGAGGAAAAGAUCCAAGAAGAAAAGUCAAUUUUGCAGAACAUGGACUUGCGGGGCCAGUCGAUCUUCAGUACAGUUCAUACCUAUGGGCUCUAUGUGAACUUCAAGAACUUUGUCUGCAACAUUGGGGAAGACGCAGAGCUGUUCAUGGCCCUCUAUGACCCAGACCACUCCACUUUCAUCAGUGAGAACUAUCUGAUUCGUUGGGGCAGUAAUGGGAUGCCCAAGGAAAUAGAGAAGCUUAAUAAUCUUCAAGCAGUCUUUACUGACCUCAGCAGCUCUGACCUCAUCCGACCUCGCAUCAGCCUGGUGUGCCAGAUUGUCCGGGUGGGCCACAUGGAACUUAAGGAAGGCAAAAAGCAUACCUGUGGACUUCGAAGACCUUUUGGAGUAGCAGUGAUGGAUAUUACUGAUAUCAUACAUGGGAAGGUGGACGAUGAAGAAAAGCAGCAUUUUAUUCCCUUUCAACAAAUUGCAAUGGAAACCUAUAUCCGACAGAGGCAGCUAAUCAUGUCACCCUUGAUAACAUCCCAUGUGAUUGGGGAGAAUGAGCCACUCACUUCAGUCUUGAAUAAAGUGAUAGCAGCAAAGGAAGUGAAUCACAAAGGACAAGGACUUUGGGUGUCCUUGAAGCUAAUGCCAGGUGACCUGACACAGGUUCAGAAGAAUUUUUCACACUUGGUUGACAGAUCAACAUCAAUAGCCCGAAAAAUGGGCUUUCCUGAGAUAAUCCUACCAGGAGAUGUUCGGAACGAUAUUUAUGUCACCCUGAUCCAUGGAGAGUUUGACAAAGGGAAAAAGAAGACACCAAAGAAUGUGGAGGUGACCAUGUCUGUAUAUGAUGAGGACGGCAAGCUCUUAGAGAAAGCAAUUCAUCCUGGUGCUGGAUAUGAAGGAAUUUCAGAGUACAAGUCAGUAGUCUACUACCAAGUCAAGCAGCCCUGUUGGUAUGAGACGGUUAAGGUAUCCAUUGCUAUAGAAGAGGUCACACGCUGCCAUAUAAGAUUCACAUUCCGACAUAGGUCAUCACAAGAAUCCAGAGAUAAAUCGGAGCGAGCAUUUGGGGUGGCCUUCGUGAAACUGAUGAACCCGGAUGGCACCACUCUGCAGGACGGGAGGCAUGAUCUUGUGGUUUAUAAGGGUGACAACAAGAAAAUGGAAGAUGCUAAAUUCUACCUGACCCUGCCAGGCACCAAGGUGGAGAUGGAAGAAAAAGAGCUCCAGGCAUCCAAAAACCUGGCCAACUUUACCCCAACCAAAGAUAGCACAAAAGACAGCUUUCAGAUUGCCACCCUCAUUUGCUCCACAAAGCUAACCCAGAAUGUUGACCUGUUAGGCUUGUUAAAUUGGCGUUCCAACUCCCAGAACAUUAAACACAACCUAAAGAAGUUAAUGGAGGUGGAAGGAGGAGAAAUUGUAAAGUUUUUGCAAGAUACACUAGAUGCACUUUUUAACAUAAUGAUGGAAAUGUCAGACAACGAAACUUAUGACUUUCUUGUAUUUGAUGCACUGGUAUUUAUUAUUUCACUGAUAGGAGACAUCAAGUUCCAACAUUUUAAUCCUGUACUUGAAACCUACAUUUACAAGCACUUCAGUGCCACUUUGGCAUAUGUGAAACUCUCCAAGGUACUGAACUUUUAUGUGGCUAAUGCAGAAGACUCUAGCAAAACAGAAUUGCUUUUUGCUGCUUUGAAAGCCUUAAAAUACUUGUUUAGAUUCAUCAUUCAAUCUAGAGUACUCUACUUGCGAUUUUAUGGCCAAAGUGAAGAUGGAGAUGAAUUUAAUAACUCAAUUCGCAAGUUAUUUCUCUCUUUCAAUAUGCUAAUGGACAGGCCUCUGGAGGAAGCUGUCAAGAUCAAGGGUGCAGCUUUGAAGUACCUUCCCAACAUCAUUAAUGAUGUCAAACUUGUGUUUGACCCUAUUGAGCUCAGUGUGCUCUUCUGCAAGUUCAUUCAAAGCAUUCCUGACAACCAGUUGGUUCGGCAGAAACUGAACUGUAUGACCAAGAUAGUAGAGAGUCAUCUCUUUUGGCAGUCAGAGUGUAGAGAUGUGCUGCUACCAUUGCUGAUAGACCAGCUCAGUGGCCAGUUAGAUGACAACUGCGCUAAGCCUGACCAUGAGGGAAGCUCGCAGCUUCUGAGCAGCAUCCUAGAAGUCCUGGACAGGAAAGAUGUGGGCCCCACCGCCAUGCACAUACAGCUGAUCAUGGAGCGGCUGCUGAGAAGGAUCAACCGCACUGUGAUUGGGAUGAGCCGUCAGUCUCCCCACAUUGGUAGUUUUGUUGCUUGCAUGAUUGCAAUCCUGCAGCAAAUGGAUGACAGCCACUACAGUCACUACAUCAGCACUUUCAAAACCAGACAAGACAUCAUUGACUUCCUCAUGGAAACCUUUAUCAUGUUUAAGGAUCUGAUUGGAAAGAAUGUCUAUGCCAAAGAUUGGAUGGUCAUGAAUAUGACGCAGAGCAGGGUUUUUCUUCGUGCUAUUAAUCAGUUUGCUGAAGUUCUCACAAGAUUCUUCAUGGACCAGGCAAGCUUUGAACUUCAGCUUUGGAACAAUUACUUCCAUUUGGCAGUAGCAUUUCUCACCCAUGAAUCCCUUCAGCUUGAAAGCUUCUCACAAGCCAAGCGCAACAAAAUUGUAAAAAAAUAUGGGGACAUGAGAAAGGAAAUCGGCUUUAGAAUCCGGGACAUGUGGUAUAACCUGGGUCCCCACAAAAUCAAAUUCAUCCCAUCCAUGGUGGGUCCCAUUCUGGAGGUCACUCUGACCCCUGAGGUAGAGCUCCGGAAAGCCACAAUCCCCAUUUUCUUUGAUAUGAUGCAGUGUGAGUUCAAUUUCAGUGGAAAUGGCAACUUCCAUAUGUUUGAAAAUGAAUUGAUUACAAAGCUGGACCAGGAGGUGGAAGGGGGCAGAGGAGAUCAACAAUACAAAGUUCUUUUGGAAAAACUGCUCCUAGAACAUUGCAGGAAACAUAAAUACCUCUCUAGCUCUGGAGAAGUCUUUGCACUCCUAGUUAGCAGCCUCUUGGAGAAUCUUCUGGACUACAGAACCAUUGUCAUGCAUGAUGAGAGCAAGGAAAACCGCAUGAGCUGUACCGUCAAUGUGCUGAAUUUUUACAAAGAAAAGAAGAGAGAGGACAUAUACAUAAGGUAUUUGUACAAGCUUCGGGAUUUACAUCGAGAUUGUGAGAACUACACGGAAGCAGCUUACACACUUCUCUUACACGCUGAGCUUCUGCAGUGGUCUGACAAGCCCUGUGUACCCCAUUUGCUUCAGAGGGACAGUUAUUAUGUUUAUACCCAGCAAGAGCUUAAAGAGAAGCUUUAUCAAGAAAUCAUAGCAUAUUUUGACAAAGGCAAAAUGUGGGAGAAGGCAAUCAAACUGAGCAAAGAGUUGGCCGAAACUUAUGAAAGCAAAGUAUUUGACUACGAGGGCCUUGGCAAUCUCCUGAAAAAAAGAGCCUCAUUUUAUGAGAACAUCAUUAAGGCAAUGAGGCCUCAGCCUGAAUACUUUGCUGUUGGAUACUAUGGACAGGGCUUUCCUUCUUUCCUGCGGAAUAAAAUCUUCAUCUACCGGGGGAAGGAGUAUGAGAGACGAGAAGACUUCAGCCUGAGGUUACUGACCCAGUUCCCCAAUGCUGAGAAGAUGACCAGCACCACUCCUCCUGGAGAGGACAUCAAGUCCUCCCCAAAGCAGUACAUGCAGUGCUUCACUGUAAAGCCAGUGAUGAGCCUACCGCCCAGCUACAAAGACAAACCAGUUCCUGAGCAGAUCUUAAACUACUACAGAGCUAACGAAGUACAGCAGUUCAGAUAUUCCCGGCCAUUCUGGAAAGGAGAAAAGGAUCCGGACAAUGAAUUUGCUAGCAUGUGGAUUGAAAGGACCACGUAUACAACUGCAUAUACCUUUCCUGGGAUUCUCAAGUGGUUCGAAGUCAAACAGAUUUCAACAGAGGAAAUCAGCCCUUUGGAGAACGCCAUAGAAACCAUGGAGCUUACCAAUGAGAGGAUCAGCAACUGUGUUCAGCAGCAUGCCUGGGACCGGUCCCUCUCUGUGCACCCACUCUCCAUGCUCCUCAAUGGCAUUGUGGACCCAGCUGUCAUGGGAGGAUACUCCAACUAUGAAAAGGCUUUUUUUACAGAAAAGUACUUGCAGGAGCAUCCUGAAGACCAGGAGAAGAUUGAGCUGCUAAAACGACUCAUAGCAUUACAGAUGCCCCUGCUGACAGAAGGGAUCCGCAUCCACGGGGAGAAGCUGACGGAGCAGCUCAAGCCACUACAUGAGCGGCUGUCUUCUUGCUUCCGAGAACUCAAGGAGAAAGUAGAAAAGCUCUAUGGGGUUAUCACCCUGCCUCCCAACUUGACUGAGAGGAAGCAAAGCCGCAUAGGGUCUAUGGUGCUACCCUACAUCAUGUCAUCCACUCUGAGGAGAUUGUCCAUCACAUCAGUGGCAUCCUCUGUGGUUUCCACCUCUUCAAACUCAUCUGAUAAUGCACCUUCCAGACCUGGAUCUGAUGGGUCAGUCCUGGAGCCGCUUUUAGAGCGCAGGGCCUCGUCAGGUGCCAGAGUUGAAGAUCUGCCCCUCAGAGAAGAUAGCGAAAACCGGAGCAGCAAGUUCAAGAGAAAAGACUGGAGUCUGAGCAAGUCCCAGGUCAUUGCAGAGAAAGCGCCAGAACAUGAUCUAAUGAGCCCAUCCAGAAAAGCACAAAGGCCAAAGAGUCUCCAACUGGUGGACAAUCGGCUAACACCAUUUCAUGGUUCUUCACCUCCUCAGUUAACACCUCGGAGCCCACCACCACUCACUCCUAAAGCUACCAGGACCCUGAGCUCCCCAUCUUUGCAGACAAAUGGGCUGAUGACAUCUACUCUCCCACCUCCACCUCCCCCCAAAAGCAAGCCUUAUGAGAGCAGCCAGAAAAACUCUGCAGAGAUUGCUCCACCACUGCCGGUCCGAAGAGAAGCCAAAGCCCCACCUCCACCCCCUCCAAAAGUUCGGAAAUCUGGCAUCAUUUCUUCUGAGCCUGGAUCUCAGUAA